AUGGACAAGCACGUCCUGUUGGUCUUCUCCCUCUUCUGCUGCUUUGAGGGGUCAGCUCUCAUGUGUAUAACCUGCCACCUUCACCUGACUUCAGAUCGCUGUAGAAGAGGCUUUGGUGUUUGUGUUGCUCAGGAGGAAGAGAAAUGCAUGACCUUAAAGAUCUACGACUACACCUGGAACCACCUGCUGUCCUACAUGGUGUGCCAGAAGUUCUGUAGAGACCUGACGUUCCAACGCCACGGUCACUUUCUCGUCCACGAGUGCUGUGACUACAAUUACUGCAACCUCAAACUGUGA